AUGUUUAUUUUUUUCCUCAUCCUUCUUUUCUUAAGAAUUUUUAAUUGUCAAUUAAUAAAAUUAGAUGGACAAAAAAUUAAUACUUACUAUAUUCUUUAUGUUUUGAAAGGCUUAUAUAUAUUUGGAAAAAAUGAUUCUCCAUAUGUAAUAUUAGGAGAAAAAAAAGAUAUGAAAUUUAAGGAACCUCAUGCUGUUUUUGAAAAUAUAGGUAUAAGUACUACUGAUAAUAGAAACACGAAAUAUUUUAGUUUUGAAAUAGAAAAAAAUAAAGAGGAAGAGAAUAAUAACAAUGAAUUAAAUGAGAGCAAAAAAGAUGAUACUGAAGACACUGAUGAAAAAAAUAAAAAAGAAAAAUUUAAAAUAAAUUUAUACAAAGAUAAUCCUUAUCUUCGUAGAAAAAAAGAAUAUGAGUAUUCUAAAGAGAUGGAAUCCCUUGAAUCAUCAGAAUUAUUUUUAGAAUUAAUUAUUAUGAAAGAAAAAGAUUUUAAUAAAUUUUAUUUACCGAAAGAUAGUGAUGUAUGUUGUCAAAUGCAAGAAACUGGCAUUGAUGGGAAUGAUAAAUAUGUUUGUCCUGAUAAAGGGUAUUUGAAGAGGUAUGUGGAUGAAAAUGACAUGUAUUCACUAAGAUUGCCAGUUUAUUUUAUUAAUGAUAGAAUUAAAAAUGACAGUGAUUCAUCAGAUGAAAGGGAAAUAAAUAAAGAACAAUUUUUAAAUAAAAUUAAAAAUGAGUUUGUAUAUAAAGUUAAUGAUACAGAUAUUUAUGCAUUAUUUUUAUCAAAUUGUUUAGAUAGUAAAAAUUAUGAAUUAGAAUUACACGGAAAUAUUCAUAUUUUAAAUCAAUAUGGAUAUUUACCAGGAGACAAAAUAUCUAAAUUAAAUUUGUAUGUUUUUUGUAUGAUAACAUAUUCUAUUUAUUUAUUAACAUGGAUUUAUUUAUUAAUCAAAAAUAAAAAAUUUACCAUAAAAAUUCAAAUUUGGAUUUUAGUUUGUAUAUUUUUAUAUUUAAUGGAAAAUUUCUUUUUGUUUCUAUAUUUUCUAGUAUAUAAUUUAUAUGCAAAGGUAAAUAAUCAUUUAUUAUUUCUAUCAGUAUGCUCCAGUAUUUUGAAAAACGUUUGUUCUUACCUUCUAAUUUUAUUAGGAUCAUUAGGUUGGGGAUUAGUUAUUCCUACCCUUGAUAGGAAAACAUUUACUAAAAUAAAAGUCUUAUUUUUUUUUUUUAUUAUUUUUGAUUUUAUAAAGCAAUUUAUAGAUUUGCAUUUUUCAGAUUCACAAAUUAAUACAGUUUAUUUUCUUUUUUGUAUCAUUCCUGUAACUAUCAUUUAUUUUAUAAUUUAUCUGUGGGUUUUUACUUCUACUAGCAAAAUUAUUAUUCAAUUAAAUGAAGAUAAACAAUAUGAAAAAUUAAAUAUGUUUAAGAAAUUUUUUAAUGUUUUAAUUUUUACUCUAAUAUUUUCAAUCAUUGCAUUUUUUAUUGAUAUAAUAGUAAUAGUAUAUGUUGAUAAUACAGUAUGGAGUUUAAAAUGUUAUAUAAGUGAAGGAAUAAUUAGCUUUUUAUUUUUAAUUAUUUUAACUGCUAUGAUGAUUUUAUUUAAGCCUUCUGAUAGACUUAAGAGAAUUUCUCAUUUUACUGAAAUUGGAGAUAUGGAUGAAAUGGAAGAUUUUUCAAAUUUCAAAAAUGUUGUAGAAGAUGUUUCAUAA